AUGAUGAAGCUUCUGGCUUCGCAAAUCUUCCAACUGGCACAGACAACAGCAAUGCAGAUUUCUCGCAACGUGUUGUGUAAGUCUCACCUCCCCUCCUCUAUGUUGCCUCAUUGUUUCAGCACGAGCUUUCUAUCUUCGCAGUUGCAGUGCCAGCUCGUGCUCCCAGGUUCACUUGCCAACACAGGGGGGGAAGUGCCUCCCUCGCAUGUCUUUGGUUUGCGGGUGGAGAGCCAGAUGUUUCAGUGCCGGAUGCUGUGCUUUGCAAAGACCAUGAGCGCAGGAGCUGUCGACCUAAGAGAGAGCCGCAAUGCCCGUGCAUUGAUGGAGAGCAGCCAGGUGAACGGCCCGAUACUAUCUGUUUGGUGCAUUUUGAAUCUGUUGGCUUCGCAACUUCACCAGCCGAUGGAACAAACCACAGCUGCACAGAUUUCUCGGCGUAGCGUUUACGCAAGUCGCACCUCCCCUCCGCCGAGUGUCAUGUUGCAAGACCAAACUACAAGCCGCCAGCUCAUAAGCCUCAUAGUUGGUGUCUCCAAACGCAAAUGUCGUGAGAUGUCAAGGACGAGCCCGCCAGCAACCAUGAAGGCACUUCUUUGCCCAAAGGGCUCCCCGAAAACGAAGAGAGGCGCCCGUUCUGCAGUAGCCUUGAUGCUUACAAAGGGCUGCCGAAGCCUUCUCGACGGCCGGCCACGCAACGUGUUAGAUUCGGGUGAAGGUUGGCAUGCGGCGUCGCUUCCCGUGUCCGUUUGA